AUGUCUGCCAACGUCCUCGCUGCCAGAGACGUCAACGUCUCGAUAUCGACGAAACCCGAGGCCGACGCAAACACCAAGCCAGGCGUUAUGAGCAUGGAGCACCACCGACAGGUCCUCCAGUCCAAGAUGGAACAGGACGGGGGGAAAACAAACUUCAUCUCACCGUCGGACAACAUCAUGAGCCCCUGCACCGCCAAACUGAGCGCCUUCCGCAACAAGCAAGUCGGCAAAGUCAAGCCAAAGUCGCUCUUCGCACAGGCGUCGGCUAAGAAACUCGAGGCCGCCGAGGGCACUGCCGCCACCGGCACAUCGUUGUUCGGAAGCAAGCCGGCUGCUGCGGCU